UGCCUUCGGGGCUGAAAAUUGUCCCGGUUACAAUCCAAUCCCUAAGUCCCCAAGCAUAUUUCCUAUACCGCGAGCGUAGAGAAUCCGACGAGAAUUGAAGUUCGGACGUAUACGCUUCAGUGUGAUCAUCUUUCACGGCGCCCACUCUAUUCUAUUCCCUGAGGCAGGAGGGCUGCUUGCGAUGGCCAGCCAAUCCAUAUCAGCGGAAUCUAUAGCGGAACAAUCGAUAACCGUCGAGCAGGGAUUCUUGGCUCUCAGGUCUCAGCUGCCAAGCAAGCACCAUUCCAUGCAACCAUCUACUGUGCAAGAUUCGCACGAUAGAUUCCGGCUCUGGGCCGUCAAUGUAGGGGCUGGACCAUCGUUUUCUCGCCGCUCCCUCUUACAUCGCCUUUCCUCCGUCGCCCCCGAGCUUCUAGGAGAUGUGUGUGACUUGCUAAGGGACAUCGCGGAAGCUAUAGAGAAUCUGCUCGAUAUUACGUCUGGUAACCAGGAGGAUACGGCCUCGACCGCGCCGCCCGUGGUGCCAGAGCUCACGCUUACUGAUUCAUUGGAUCAGACUGACGUGCUUGAAUCCGAUUCCACCGAUGAUCAAGCUACCACCCAGCUUGACAUUGCAAAUGAAUGCAUCAGUAGUUUAUUUCGGCUCACAGCCUUAGUAAGGAAGCCAACAGCUGGCCAGGAUCGAUUUCCCAAACCUCCAAGUCAUGAGGAUCCAUUCAGCGACCACUUUGACAUCAUUCACGUACAGGAACGAUACCCAAAAUUGAGACGGCUAGAAACAAGAUGGCUGUGCGAGCGCUUUGGACGUGCUAACACGAAACGUCGCCAGUUCUUCCGGCACGCAAGAGAACGCCGAGAUCGCCUCCAUAACCCAACACCCGAAGUACCUCGGACUCCAGCUCCGGACCCUAUGGGAGGUACCACUUCAGAAUCUCUACAGCCAGUCUUGAAAGAUUCCAUUGAAAAGUCAAUGCAGACCACGACUAAGGCCAUUCCCGUGAUCCUACACCAGAUCAAGGGAGCUCUGGACGCCCCACACAGAUAUGCCAAUUCUCGUAGAACUGACAAUGGAAGGCUGCUCGUCCCCAACCUUAUGGACAUCAAGAAGAACAGGGACUCCGAGUUUGAGUGUCCUUUCUGCUGGGUCGUUUGCAACUUUGACACGCAGCGAGCUUGGAAGCAUCAUGUAUUCGCGGAUCUCAAACCUUACGUGUGUUGUCUUGGAGAGGGCGAAUGCGACGAUCUGCUUUUUCAUAACCGCUCGUCGUGGUUCGAUCACGAGCUCUAUUGCCAUCGUCGGCAGUGGGUCUGCAUUCUGUGCGAAGCAGGUCCGUUUGAGACGCCUGGGAUAUUCGAGCAUCAUAUAAAAUCUACACACGGCGACCUACCACUUGAUACGGACGGGUUGGAAGCUGUAAAGGACGCCAGUAAACGAGGUGUUGACGAAAUCUCGGCUGCUGAAUGUCCAUUCUGUGAUGAGUGGCACGACACGUUGAAACACAACCCCAUACGGAAAAGCUACGACGAUCCUUCAAUUCAACUCGACAAUCCCGUUCUCGUCAAUCUGAACACGUUUAGAAGGCAUGUCGCCCAUCACAUGGAGCAGCUUGCGCUUUUCGCCCUCCCACGAGGCCUCGGGAACGACAGGGAUGAGGACGAAAGCAACUCGACUAUCUUGGCUGGAAGAAGCAUCGAGGAUUUGUCCUGGGACUCAGAUCCAGCAAUCGAAGAUUCUAAAGAGGAACAUGCGAGUAUAGUUUCGGAUCCAAUGGAUAUAGACGAAACAGAGGGCCGAGAUAAUGUUAAGGGCAAAGGCAUAGCCCCCGUCCCAGACUAGAGGCACAUUUCAUCUAAGAACAGAGUCACCAGAGUUUCUUGCCAACUAUGCAGGGAAGAAUUCUCUCGCACUGACCACUUGUAUCAGCACCUAAGGGCAUUUCAUAAGAUCCCCACUGAUUCGUUUAAUACACUA